GCUCUGAGCAGCAGUCUGUACAAGAGUGCGUCGCCUUAUGGCUCUCUUAACAACAUUGUGGAUGGGUUAAGCUCUCUCACCGAGCAUUUCUCUGACCUAUCCCUUUCUUCAGAAGCCAGAAAACCCAGCAAGAGGCCACCUCCUAACUACCUGUGCCACCUCUGCUUUAACAAGGGACACUACAUCAAAGACUGCCCACAGGCUCGUCCAAAAGGAGAAGGCCUGACUCCGUACCAGGGCAAGAAACGCUGCUUCGGUGAAUAUAAGUGCCCCAAAUGCAAGAGAAAAUGGAUGAGUGGAAACUCCUGGGCUAACAUGGGACAAGAAUGUAUCAAGUGCCACAUUAAUGUUUAUCCUCACAAACAGAGACCCCUGGAGAAGCCGGAUGGCCUGGAUGUUUCGGAUCAGAGCAAAGAACAUCCCCAGCAUCUGUGUGAGAAGUGCAAAGUUUUGGGCUACUACUGCCGCCGUGUGCAAUAAACCUUUGAAGUGGCCUCUUCCCGUCCCCAUCAUCCUUAAAGAUCCUCUGGCAGCAUGUGAUCAACAGCAACACAACAAAUCAAGAUAAAAGCUAAAAUAAUUGCCAAUAUUGCCUAUCUAAUAAUAUGCCUUACCAUUAAUAGAAUGUAACAUUUCUCCUGUGCAUGCGCACGCAUGCAACAGGUAUUUACAGGACUAUGAUUUGUAUGCAUACAUAUAUAUGUAAUUUUUUAUAUAUAUGUACACACACAUAUAUAAAGCGUUACUGAUAGUGUUCAUAACAGAACCACGGUUGGAGGUUCUGCUAAUUGUUUACACAGACCUUAUAUCAUGGCCAGGUGAAAUGAAGUACUAUUCAAUAGGCAAGGUAAAAUAUUCACAAGGGAUAUAUGUUACAUGUAUGGCUUUUGCAGAGGUUAAAUAACUGUGGGGCCACUAAUUGCAAGCACUCGUCCACAACAUGAACAUUAUUCCUAUUAUAUGACAAGACAAAGGAAGAUGAAACAAGCCACAGCAUAAAAGAAGGAAAA